CUAAAAACGUUCUAUAUGUCAAUCAUUUUAUAACCUAGAAAAAUUGCACGUCCUUUUUUUCAUAACAAGGAAUCGAAUUAAAAAAUGGCAAAAGAAAAUGUAAAUGGGGAUACAGAUGAAGGGCAACAAGAUAAACAACAGAAAAAAACUGCGAAAUAUGAUAGUGGAGCUGCUGAUUUAGAACGUGUUACGGAUUACGCAGAAGAAAAGGAAAUAUCUUCACAAGAUUUCUCUGGAGCUUUAUCGUUGAUCGGUGAUCGUAGAAAUAAAGAAGCGGCUGAAAAACAAGCAAGAGAACGUGAAUUAUUAAAAGUAUCAAUUAAGAAGGAAGAUGUAGAUUUAAUUGUAAAAGAAUUAGAAAUAUCAAGACUUGUUGCUGAAAGAACAUUACGCGAACAUCAUGGGAAUAUCGUUGAAGCUUUAGUUGCGUUGACUGAUUAAAGAUUGCUGCCAUCUUCUCAUAAAUAAUUUUUAAUGUUUAAAUAUUUGGUGUUUUGUGCUUUGUAUCGUAACGUAAUAUCUAUACGAAAAAAAAAAACUGAGUAGUGUUAUUAACGAGCAUUUUAUUAAGUUUCGUAAUCAAAAAAUAACAAUCAUGACACAUGGUUUUUGGUUUGUGUGUUAAAAUAAAAUCUGAAUUCGAUUCGAGUCAUUUACAGUAAUUCCAAUCAUUUAUAAAAGUAUAAAUACUUGAUUAUCCAGUCAAAUUAGUCCAUAAAAUAU